AUUGUUUGUGAGCAUAAGUGACUCAUUGCACAUUCUUUUUUUCGCGAGUGAAGUUCAUUGUUACUUCCUUUCGUUUGUUUUCAUUUAUAUUUUCAAUAAAAAAUUAAUAAAAAAGGUGACAAAUUUGUUAUAAAAUAAUAUUUCGAUUAAAAGAAUCGUUUCUUUUGCGAUUUCGUUUUAUGAUAAGAAGUUAAAAAAUCGGAUAACUUUGAUGAAUAAGAAGUAGAACAUUUUCGUGGCUUGUAUAACAACAAAUCGUUUAUUUCAUAAGAACGAACCCAAGAAACUUUUUAUCUUAUCAAUUAUUCAAUACUAAAUCGUCAUUUAGAGCUUUACUCUCUCAUUAUUCGGUUGAAUUUCAAGGGAAUUGGAACACAAAAAGUUUUCAUCACUGAAUGACCUAAAAACGGAUCAACACUCUUUGAAAACGAAAAAAUGUCGGUUCAAUUUACCCAAAAUCCACAACAGAUUGUGCAUAUCAAUGACGAUGACGAUGGACGGCAACAUUUGCAGUCGCCACGACGUGUGGCAUUGGAUCGGAUGACCAGCAGGUCUGACAAGCAAAAUCCUUAUGCUCAUGUUCAAGAGCAAUUAACCCAAGUUCAACUUGAUUCUUCUAGAGAGGAGCGCAACGAACGAGCAAGAGUUAGAAAGAUAUUCGACAAGUAUGAUGUCAACCGUGAUGGCUUCUUACAAAAGAAAGAGCUCAAAAGAUUGGUGAAAGAAGCGCCCUCACAAUGUGCUGAUUUACCCAAGGGCCUGGCAAAAGCAAUCCUCAAACUUCACGACCACGAUGCUAGUGGUCAUCUUGAUUUUGAAGAAUUCUAUAAAUUAAGUCGUGAACAUCAUUGGCUUGUACGUGAUAUGUGCGUGAAAUAUUGCAGAUAUGUCGUUCCACGAAGAGAUGGAAGUGUCUUUGAUGAGACUGUGUCGGGUACGGUAUCGUAUUCAGUUUCAUCUUCAACAUAUGACUCAGUAGAUGGAGCAUACGAAAGUCAAAUGAAGUUUUUCCCUCCACCACUCACAAUGAUCAUCUUUAGUAUCGUUGAAAUUAUAUUCUUCAUUGUUGAUAUUAUUCAUUUGCAAGAUUACAAAGAUGGAGAUGUAAAAACGAUUGGAACGUCAGUAAAGGGACCGGCAGCGACAUUAUUUAUUUACAACCCAUCACGUCGUGAAGAAGCUUGGAGAUUCGUCACUUACAUGUUUGUUCAUGUUGGAGUCAUGCACAUUAUGAUGAAUCUACUGGUGCAGAUUUUCCUUGGCACUGCUCUUGAACUUGUACAUUGCUGGUGGCGUGUGGCAUUAGUUUAUUUGGCGGGUGUUCUUGCUGGUUCAAUGGGCACAUCAAUUGCAAGUCCGAGAAUAUAUUUGGCUGGCGCUUCUGGAGGUGUUUACGCUUUGAUCACUGCACACAUUGCAACAAUAAUCAUGAACUGGAAAGACAUGGAAUACGCAGUUAUUCAGCUUUUUGUAUUUCUUGUAUUUUGCACAACUGAUAUUGGAUUUUCGAUUUAUCGACACCUCAACGAUCCUUUCGAUCGUGUUGGUUACACAGCACAUUUAUGUGGAGCUAUCGCGGGACUUUUAGUCGGAAUUGGGGUGUUAAGAAACUUAAAUGUUCAACCUCACGAGAAAGUUAUUUGGUGGAUUGCAGUCACAAUUUAUUUAGCUUUAAUGGCAUUCGGUAUUUGUGUACAUGUUUUCCCUGGAAUUAUGGGUCCAGAUUUCUUCCCUCCAAGCACUGUACGAUUAUUUCAAACGCCAGUAAAAUCUGGCUUGACACCUUAAGAAUGACAUAAAUAAUUCGCAUUCCUAUGAACAAUCUUAUCGAUUUAAUUCAACAAAUACCUAAAUAUCUCAGUGUCUUAUUAGGCUUAGGGCAUAAACAUCAUGAAUUGACGCUACUUAAAUCAGCUGAUCAUAAAACGAAAGUAUUUUUAAUAAACAUUUUAUUUUUAAAUAUCGAUACAAUUAUUCUUAAAACAUUUCAUUGGUGAUUAAUUUUUGUGAACAAAAUUGUAUUGAGUGAAUAGAAAAUCUCUAUGUCGCAAAACGUAAAAAAGAUUAAAUAAAAGCUUAGUAUUGUGGUAGGAAAAAUUUACAAAUUCUACAUGUACAAACCUGUUUUUUGUUAUUUUAAGAUCUGAAGAAUCUUCAAACGUUUCUGUCAAGAGGAAUCAAGAGCCACGAUUCAGAAUGUUUUGAAAACAUCAAAUAAAAUGCUGU